CAGAGGCGGCAAGAUGGCUACGGCGGCUUGGCUGCAUGGCCCUAAGAAUAUGCGCCUUACUGAGGGUUUGGUGUCCGCGCUGAAAGAAGAGCGGCCCGAAUAUUUACCUGCACUUUUAGCGAAUUACCGGGAGCAUGGCGUGGUCGGGACGCAGAACUCUGGGACAGUGGGAGGACUUGUGGGCAUCAGCAACUCACGCCUCAACUCCAGCAAAACAAGGUUUGAGGGUCUGUGUUUGUUGUCUAUGCUGGUGAAGGACAGCUCAAGCGAGGUGUUCCAGCAGCACUGCCUCUCAUGGCUUCGUUCUCUUCAGCAGAUCAUCCAGUCGCAGGCCCCUCUGCCCUCUGUGCAGUUGGCAGUGAGUGUGCUACAGGAUGUGCUCCAGUACUCGUCUCAGCUGCCAGAGCUGGCCAGAGAAGUUGGCCUUAACUCCAUCUUAGGAAUUCUCACCUCUCUACUGGGUCUCAAGUCUGAGUGCCAUCUGCCUGCCAUGGAGGGAAUGAUGGCAUGUAUGACCUAUUUCCCUCGGGCAUGUGGAUCACUAAAGGAAAAGCUGGGGGUUUAUUUCCUAUCGAAGAUGGAUUCUGACAACCCUAAAGUGCAAGACGUGGCUUGUGAGUGUUACGGGCGGCUGCCUUGCCUGGGAGGCGUGCUCGAGCGCGGAGGAGGCGGGCGCCGAGCUGAGGGAUGGACCAGCCAGGUGCACUGUCUUCUAGCAUCAGCCAAUAGCAUUCUGGGACAUUUAUAUCAGGGAAUGGAAACCGAAGAGACCAUACAGUAUGAGGGUCCAGGAGUGGAGCUGCCCUUUCCUCCGCUGGAUGAUGUUGAUCCAAUGCUGAUUCUUCACCUUCGUCAUCGUUAUAGAGCAGUGUGCCUGGCUCUUAAACAUACACUCAGUAUUGAUCCGGCGACCUCUGUGCGUCUUCCCAUUCAGCACGUCCUUAAUAUAGUGUGCCGUGCCCUGGCUGUCAACAUCAAGAACAUUAAUGUUACAAGCGAAGGGUGCUUAAAACUACUGGUUUUGCCAUCAAUACAUACCGACACUUUGGAGGUGCUCUCUGCCCUAAUUAAAGCUGUGGGUGCUGGCCUGGUGCAAUAUUGUAAUGUGCUAUCCAGGCUUUUUUCUCAAACACUCUGUGCGUGGACACCCCUACCAGAGGCCAGCCUCGGUCAACAAAGAGCAUACAGUGCUGUGCGGGUGGCCCUGUAUCGCACUCUAGAAUUGUGGGUGCGUGUCGGCAGGGCGUCUUCCUCAGUUCUGCAGGGUAGCUGCUCUCACUCAGAGCUGCUCUUAAAUAAUCUCAUUGGGGACAUUACACCAGGAACUGAGGCCGUUAAACUUCGUGCAGGACAGGUGGGGAUGUCUGAUCUGGUUGUUGCAGCUGGGAAGACCGGACCUCGGCGGACGAAAGCAAUGGGUACAGGCGAUCCAGGUGGAGUCUCGCUGCAAAAAAAGGGUGAUGCAUUAGCCAAUCAGGACACAUGUUAUGCAGCAUUACGAGUCCUUAGACAGAUCAUUUUGACUAGUGGCACACUUCUCAAAGAAGACCUACAUAAGAAACUGCAGGAGUUAGUGGUGCCACUGUGUUUAAAACUCCAGCAGCAGGCUCAGUGCAGUAACUGGGAUGUGAACAGUGUUAGUGGUCAGUAUGGCAGUGGUGCUCCACGCUGUGAGCUUUACGCCCUGCUUUUGGCUUUGGUGCUGGUCCCAUGCCCGCGCUGGCCUGCUCCACUCUCCUGCGCUGUGUGCGUCUUCAGCCAAGGACGCAGAGACCAAAACAUCACUGUGUCUUCAUUCUGUGCUGAGGCGUUGACUAUAUGCAAUGCCCUGCUUCAUCCACGUACCCCGUCCAUUUCCCUCCCUCUACCUCCGCUGACUCUGAAGCCGACCCCAACUGCUUCUGUCCUUGGCCCUACUCAGAAUCCCUCUCUCUCCCUCCCUACACUCCUGGGGACCACUGCACCAGGACAUUCCUUUGCUCCCAGACAUCCUCUGAGCUUAGGCCCUGCUUCUCUCCUGGGCUCCUUGGAGAACCAUAUACCGCUGGAUCCUCCUGUCCUUCCCACACCAACGGGUGCCACUGGAGCGCAAGGUGAGUUGCUACUCUCCUCCUCUGCCCAGGCAGCUGAGCUGGCAGGAUUGGCAGCACCCCCUGAAACCCAGAGGCAGGUGUUUCUGCGCUAUGACAAAGAGGAGCCAGAAGAUGUGGAAAUCUCUCUGGAGAGCGAUUCGGAUGACAGCGUGGUUAUAAUGCCCCAAGGAAUGAUGCUGGAGAUGCAGGAAGGAGCUGGUAACACACAGAGUCUCCCUCCACCACCAGGUAGUGCCAUACCUGUGCCAAAUGCUGCGAUGGGAAGUGAAGCAGGGGCUGUUGAAGCCUCGCUCUCUAGCGAUCUCCCCACAUCCAUCGGGCAUCAAUUGUUGCCAUCUGAUGCGAACAACAUCAACUCCUUCCCAGGGUCUAGUCAAACAGAUCAGCUAGUCUCUCUGGUUCCAAAUCUGAAUUCCAAUUCUAUUCCUCUUGCAACAUCCUCUGGUGCACUGGGUAAUUCAUUGCCUGCUGGUGCACAGCUUCAACAGAUGUUGAUGCAACCUUCACCAGGUGUUCAGCCAAGUCAGCUCGGACUCUCCUUACACAUGCAGCUCCAGAAUCAGUUAGCACAAUCCAGUCGCCAGCCUGCCACCAAUGAUCAGGACCAGAAUGUCAUCAACAUUACAGAUGAUGAAGAAGAGGAGGAGGAUGAGGAGAUGGAGGAUGAAGAUGAACUGGGAGAGGAGGAGGAAGACGAAGAAGGCCUAGAAGAUGAGGAAGAAGAAGGCUUUACUGAUGAGGAGGGAUUUGAGGGGUAUGAUGAGGAGGAGGAUGACGAUGAAGUGGAUGACAUUGAGGAAGAAGAGGAGGAGGAAGAGAUCCAGGCCUUGGAGGCUGACAACCAGGGAGAUGUGAUUGGUGCAGAGGAGGGGGAAGCAAUGAUGGAAGGGCAAGAUGAAGGGGCAGUGGGCACAUUCCCCAUGGAGGGUGAAAGGCCAGUAGAAGGAGGUAUUGAGGAAAUGAAGGCAGUGCAGAGCAUCUAUGAGGAGGAAGGAAUAAAGGACAAAGGUAGUAUAGAGGAGAUUGAGAACAUUGGUGCUGUAGAGAGAAAUGAAAGCAUGGUGGGAAAGCAGCCAAUAGAGACUCAUGUGAUUGGUGCUGAGGAAGAACAAAGUGAAGAAAAUACCCUUGUACAAGCAGAUGAUCAGGAAGUACAGCCACAAGAACAGAAAGGAUUCAGACCAGAGUCAAUGGUGAACCCAGAAGAUUCUGGGAUAAUUCCAGAAGGUCAGGAGCAGGAGCAGGAGGUGGCCAUUGAGGUUAAAGAUAAUGAGCCAAGUGCAGAGGCAGAACAUGAAAAGAUACCUACUCCGAGCUCAGCAACCACAUCAGAGAACACUGCACCCCAGCAAGUAGUGGAGACAGCAGAGAAAGAUGUUAUUGAAGAGACACAGAUGGGAGGAGAAGAGGCACGAGGGACAAAGAGAAAAGUAGAGGAUCGAGAAGAAGGAGAGGUGUCUGAACAGCGCAGUGAGAAGCGAAAGGUGGAUGAUGAGGCCAUGGCUUCCAUGCUGGCUGACUUUGUGGACUGUCCCCCAGACGAUGAGGACCACGGUGCUUCUCAGUCACAUUCUUAAAGUAAAACCACCUCCGAGAGCCAUAAUUCAUUAAUUGAUGUCAUGGACUCUCUCUUUUCCUUCUUGCAUCAGUAAUAACAUACAGAUAUGAGUCAUUUAAACUUAAAACCUUUUAUCAACUGUAAAAAGUUAACGGUUUGUAUCCAUGAGGCAGUCAUGAUACCAUUUAAGAUGCACUCCUUAAAUGCUUCAUAAAUGCUUUUUGACUCGAAUGUUGGAACUGGUCGUGUUACCAUCCAAGCAGCUGGUCGGUAUUUUGUGUAAAUGCUUCUCACAGAGCAAUCAGCAACCUUUCCUGUGUGAGGGAAGUUGCAUAGACGGAUCUUUUUGUGUUCUGAACAUGGGUUGCAUGCCUUAAACCUUCAUACUUAACCUUACAAUUAAAGUACUUUCCUUCUCAGCAACAUUUACACUAAAGAACUAUGGUAUUUCCAUGUGAAAGAUGGUAUUGGUUUUGUAGUUCUUAUGGGUUUUCACCUCAUUUCAGUUUUUUUUUGUACUAUCAUUUGUUACUCUUGUGCCCAUGUUCUGUUAAUUGGUUGCAAAAAACAAUUAAAAGCAAAAAAAUCGAAA